CAAGAAAAUCACUGUUAUAGACACAGUUCAAAAUUGGAUUACAAUUGUAAAGACCAAAGAAAUAACUCAAGAAUUUUUAAACAAAAUGGAUUUCAACACUGCCUGCGAAAAAGCUAAAGCCUUCACCAAGAAACCCACUAAUGAAGAAUUUUUGGAAUUCUACGGUCUCUACAAACAAGCCACUGCAGGAGACUGCAAUAUUGCCAAGCCCGGUGUAACCGAUUUAACUGCCAAAGCUAAAUACGAUGCCUGGGUAAGACAUCAGGGCAUGUCUCCAGAUGCCGCCAAGCAGGCGUAUAUUGCUGUCUAUCAGAAAUAUGCUCCCAAAUAUGCUUAAAUUUGUGAAUUUUGUUUGUGGAAAUCAAAUUUUAAUAAAUUGUUUAUAAAAAAUAAUAAAUAAAUAAAAA